ACGAGUCGCGGCGCCUUUCUUUCACCAGUCGAGAGACACGCGACGCGGCGAGCGCACGCGCCAUGCCUGACGGUUCGGUGACAGCUUGACAGUUGUGCAGUGACAGUUUGACAGUGCAACCAUGACAGUGACACGAGCCAGUCUGCUGCUCUUGCUGGCUACUCUCCCGGCGGUACUGUGCCAGGAUGAGUCGUUCACGAGCUCCUUGCUUUCCGGUCUGCUGGACGCGCUGGACUCGCAGGUGGAGGACGUGAAGGGUUGUCCGGGCGUGUGCAUGAACGUGCUCGCGUCACUCGUGUGCUCCAAAGUGCUGGACGACGUGGAGUGCCCCAAGCCAUCGAUGAAGUGCUGCGCGGACGAACCCUUAGGUAACGACACCAUGACGACCUACCGGCCGGUCACGACCACCACGGAGGCCUACGAGGAAGACGAAGAGAGCACCAUCAAAGCGCCGGCGCACGACAAAUACAAAGACAGUGGCAACAUAAACUGCCCGGGGGUGUGUGUCGAGGCCCACCUAUCUCUGUACUGCCAGGCGUACCUCACGUCGCAGGACCUGUGCGUGCAGGGCAGGCUGUGCUGCGUCACCAAGGAGGGCUACGGGAACAAGCCGCCGCCGGAUCUCGUCGUGCCCAGUGAGAAGAAGCAGCCUACCAAACGGCCCACCACCGCUCUUACAACAACACCGGCCCCGAGGCCGAAGCCGGGCAAGGAGUGCCAGGGUGACUGCAUGAACGGCUUCCUGGCGCUGUGGUGCGACCACGUGGACCGCGACGCGUACUGCCCCGCCGAGGGCACGUGCUGUAUCAACGAGCCCAAGGCACCCACCACCACCACCACGCCGAGACCUCCCCAACUACCUCCGUGCCCUGGGUAUUGCUUCAUGAGCAUCAUGGCGGCAUUCUGCGAGCGGCCCGCCGUCAUCAUCCCGGGUACCCGUUGCAAACUCAGAGGCGAAAGUUGCUGUGACAAUACCAGGGUGUCACGCACAAGCCCACGGCCGCACACGACGCCGCGGCCGCACAGCACCACGCCGCGCGCGCCGCCGCCGCCGCCGGCGCCGCCCGCCGACCAGCGCCCCGACUGCCCCGGCUCCUGCAUCGUGUCGCUGCUCUCCUUCACCUGCUUCCGUAAUGCAGAAAUGACGGACGUGUUCAAAUGCAAGAAGGCGGGCACUCAGUGCUGCGCGCCCAAGUCCAAGGUGCAGGAGAUCCUCGGCUACAAGGAGAGGAACGACACCUACCCGCUGGCCACCAGCGUCGCGCCCACCAUCGUCACCCACCCACACGCGCACCCGCAGACCACGCCUAUAGCUACCCUUUACGAACCUACGUACGGGUCGACGCUGAAAAUGCCUGAAAAAUAUAACAAAUACGUCUGCGGAGUUAAAGGCACGUCAUCGCGCACCGCUCGGGUGAUGGGCGGCGAGGAUGGUGAACGCGGGGAGUGGUGCUGGCAGGUGGCGCUCAUCAACUCCUUGAACCAGUACCUCUGCGGGGCCGCCCUCAUUGGCACGCAGUGGGUGCUCACCGCCGCACACUGUGUCACCAACAUAGUGCGGUCGGGCGACGCGAUCUACGUACGCGUGGGCGACCACGACCUGACGCGCAAGUACGGCUCGCCUGGUGCGCAGACGUUGCGCGUGGCCACCACUUACAUCCAUCACAACCACAACAGCCAGACCUUAGAUAACGACAUCGCUUUGCUCAAACUGCAAGGCAAGGCCGAGCUCACCGAAGGGGUGUGCCUGGUGUGUCUACCAGCCAGAGGAGUCAGCCACGGCGCUGGUACCAGGUGUACUGUCACGGGAUACGGAUAUAUGGGAGAAGCCGGCCCGAUCCCCCUACGGGUCCGUGAGGCGGAGUUGCCGAUCGUGAGCGACGCGGAAUGUGUACGCAAAGUGAAUGCGGUCACCGAGAAGAUCUUCAUAUUGCCAGCCAGCUCGUUCUGCGCUGGUGGAGAAGAAGGGAAUGACGCAUGCCAGGGCGACGGCGGCGGCCCCCUGGUAUGCCAAGACGACGGUUUCUACGAACUAGUAGGUCUGGUGUCGUGGGGCUUCGGCUGCGGCCGCCGGGACGUGCCCGGGGUCUACGUGAAGGUGUCCUCCUUUAUCGGAUGGAUCAACCAGAUCAUCUCAGUCAACAACCUAUAGCGUUUGCCCAUUUGACAGCGUAAUGUACAGUUAACCACCAAUACCUCCUAACUGGCAUUUAUAAAAUACUAGCUUUUAUCCUUAACUUCGUCCGCGUGACCGGGAUAUGAUCACUGACCGAAAUAACUGUGUCCUUCUUUAUCACAAGUAGUAGGUAUAUACUAAAUUUCAUAGCGAUUGGUUAAGCCAUUAGGGCGUUAUAAGUUAACAAACAAAGAAAUCCACUUUCCCACAUUUUAUAUUAGUAAGGAUUUUACAGAUGGCCCUAGUGUAGCAUUUGACCCACCGUCUCACCGUCCAAUGGUCUCUAAUUCUAUCCCUGUAUAUUAUAAAUAUCUUAUAUUCCUACGUUUGUACUGAUCUGGGUGUUUUAUAUAUAAUAAUAUAUGUAUUUAAAAGAAAAAAAAAUAUCAAUUGUCUGAUACUCUUGGUACAAGGUUUGCUCAAUUUCAAACUAGAUGGCGCUGUGUCUAUGAUUUAUUUUUUGAACAUUUCCUACUUAUAGAAAAAUAUUAUUUACCUCGAUAUAUUACGAAUAAACUAACUACUUUAUUUAUAGGCUUUGUCGUAUUUAGAAUAAAUCUUACAAUAUGUAUUUUGUCGGUGUUAGUAAGGAGAUAUUUGCGGUUAACAUUCGACUAGUAAUCGAUUUAAAUACACCGGUUAUUUCAAUUGUGUAAUUACACACAAGACACACGUGGGAGGUCAUCAUUAGAUGAUCACAAUGAUGGAAUACAAUUCAUCGUUUCUCUAAUUCAUUUUGUAUUAAAUCGUGUGUAUUAUUAAUUUAUAUAUUUGUGUGAAUUUGAGAAUUUAUUAAUUGAAAUGUACCUAAAUACUUUAAUGGAGAUCGAAUUGACAGGAUAUUUAUUUAUUAAUUUAUGGGAUAUCAGUGCCCCCAUUAGUAACAGUCCCUUCCUCUUGAUUGAUCAUUUAAGUAUAUAGGUACAUUUGAAACAUUAUUUAAAAAGAAAUUUCAAAAACCGGUUUAGAAAUAAGGAUUAUAUUUUAACAAAAGAACUUGAAACAAUAAUGAUACGUAAAUAGAUGUUUGAUAAGUUAUUUAUUUUGAAUCUAUCAGUCACUUUGAACAUAUUUAUUUUAUUUGGAUAUUCUUUCAUAGUUUACUGUUUACUAAAUAGACAUAUUAUUGGCAGUAUGUACUUAUCAUAAUUUGUUUUAUAUUAUUAUCAAAAUACUAUUGAUUUAUUAGAAAUAAUUAAAUCAAAAUUGAACAAUAUAACUAGUAGAUGAAAUGAAUUUAUUUUGAUAGAAUGUAGGUAAUUUUUAGAUGAAAGAGAUUUACAUGUACUGUUAUGUAUUACAAUUAUAUACUUAUUUAAACAUUUAAAUCAUCACUUGAGUUAGAACAAAUUGUUCUUUUUUGUACACAAAAAGGUAUUGGUGUCAGAAUACCUAAUAAUUAAACAUAAUAAUGCACAAAUGCGAGCUUACCUCUAAAAGAGAUUUCUUCCAGCAAACGCAAUAUGAGACAAACUGACAGUUAUAUUUAUAAUAAUUAUAUUUUACUUAGAUAUAUUCCAAAUUUAAUUUUAAACAUAUAUAUAUAUAUAUAUAUGUAUACAUAAUAGGAGCACAGUGUCCAUAGUAUUCUUAAGUUACUUUAGUAAUUUAUGUCUACUCACACAAGCGUCCGACAUACCUACUAUUUAAGGCGUGUAAAUAAAUAAAAUAAAAAAAAUCCUUCUUAGUGUAAAUUUAGUUAAGUGUAACAAUGGCAUUUAAUACUUAGUCUCCCACCAUUUUUUGGUAUUUAUUCCUUCUCAAUAUAUUGUUUAGAGUCGAUUCGUAUCCAUUUCUAUUGUGCAUAUUUUUUUUAAUAAAGAAAAAGUUAUACCUAUACAUAAGUAGGUACUUAUGGAUUCUAAAAAAUAUAUUUUCGAAUUGUCAGAUCGAUGAUCUAAAUGAAUAAAUACUGCAAAAUUGUAAUUAAUUAUAAAGAAUAUUAAUGGAUAUUAUAUUUAAUUCUAUAUUAAAUAAGUAUUUAAAUUAUUUAUUUAUUUAUUUAAUCAAUUCACUUAAUGGAGAAGUUCUCUGUGUAACAGCUGCGUUAUUUGGAAUGAACAAGUUUUUUUUUUUUAGAAAUGUUUCUGAUUUUUGUGAUACACGUUUUAGUGAUUUCUGAAUUCUAAAAAGUAAAAUAAAUAUUAAUUCGAAAUUAACGAUAAUUUAUAUGUAUAUAAAAAAAAUACACGCUCACGAGUUUCUCUUUUUUAUUUAUUUAUUUAUCGUGUAUAUAAAUUUAUUACAGUCUGUUAUCGAAUUUUGAUGUUAUCAGCGCUGGAAUAACCAUGGCGAGACGUCACUUACAACAAAUCAUAAGUUCUUCAAAUAUAAUUUUCACUAUAACCCUUUCAGACCUGAACGAUACGGGCGUGAGUUGUAACUUUAAAAAAUUCUAAAACCGCGCGCGCAAUUCAUUUUUACGCACGAAGCUGAAAUAACACGACAGUGAGAUUCUAAACCAGCCAAUAAGAAAUCAUUUUAGCGGUUAGGUGGUGCAGUAGUCUCGUGCGUGUCGGCAAGAUGGCUUGGCUCCAAAACACGAAAAUAUAUUUAAUCUAAAAAAAAAAAAAUCUUGAGUCUGAAAGGGUUAAGGAAUUUUUCUCGAAAUAGAGUUUUUUAUCGAGACUAUCGUAGCUCUUAGCCGAUGGAUGGCUUUAGGAAGUUGUCUGUAUUGCCCAAUGGAUAAUUCGGCCAUGGAUGCUAUAGUAGACUUCUCCAUUAAUGUCCAUUAUAAGGAAUAAUGAACACAAGCAUUUACUGUUCCUUAUUAAACUUAAUAAAAACAGCUUCUAGUUUUAGUACGGAAACCAAACAAUUAUAAAUUAUUGUAUUUGUAUGUAUUUUAAACUCGAAUUAUGUAUUAUAUUUUUGAAGAUUGAAAAAUUUUUGACAAAA